AUGGCGGGGAUGGAGACGGCGGACAAACUCCGAGUGAUCCAGGAAAAGGUCCGAAAGAAUCUGGAGACAGCCUAUGACCGAAGCCGCAAGCGAUAUGACCAACGGGCUCGAAACUUCAUGGCCAAGCCAGGUCGGAGUACUAUGAACGAUGCCGUUUACAAAUUUGUCAAUAGUUGCACUGAAGCAACUGGACAGUCAAACACCGUCCUAUAUUUCAAGAACUAUCCACAGCGCGGCUCAAAUCGCGGACGUGGAAAUUAUAGAGGUAAUUUUCGUGGUAAUCACAAUAACUACAACAACAAUAACUAUAACAACAAUUACCAAAAUAACAAUGGACCAAAGCGAUGUCAGAAUAACCCAAAAUACUAA